AUGGGUCGGUUUGCACUUGAUAAUCAGGUUGUACUUGUGGCCGGUGGAUCACAGGGACUGGGAAAGGAAUUUGCCCGGAAAUUUCACCAAGAGGGGUCUAAUACCAUUACUAUUAUCGUUAGCAGAUCGCGCUCCAAGCUUGAACAGGCCACUCGCGAGAUAUCGGGCGAACAAUUGGCACAGGAACUGACUGGGGGUCUUGAAUUGGCCCGUGGCAGCAACAGAAUUCUGUUUUCACCCUGUGAUGUGGCUGACUACGUACAAGUGGAACGACUACGUGAAAAAUUGGAUUCUAGCUCACUGAAGCCCACUGUGGUACUACUUUGUGCUGGAGGUUCGCAUCCGGAACUUUUCAAGGAUUUGAAGCCAGAAGAACUUGAAUUGGGUGUCAAAGUUAACUAUUUGACCUGCACAAAUUUGGCACACGUCGCAGUGCGUCAUUGGCAGUCUGCACAUCUGGUGUUCUUCUCAAGCGCAACUGCUUUUUUCCCGUUCAUUGGGUAUUCCCAAUACGCUCCACUCAAGCAAUCUAUCAAGGCAUUGGUAGCUAUUCUGCGUCAAGAAUGUUCUCAGCAUCGAAUUUCGUGCGUGUAUCCGGGAAACUUCGACAGCGAGGGCUAUGCCCUUGAGAAUGAAACUAAGCCAGCAAUCACAAGAGAAAUAGAAGGACCUUCUGAUGCAUUGUCUUGCGAGACGUGCUGCAACAGGAUUGUCAAACAGCUACAAAUGGGAUACGAUGAUAUCGUCACAGAUUUCAUUGGAUGGGUCUUGAUGAGCACUGACAUGGGCUUAAACAAACAAAAUAACGUUUCAAUAGGGUGGCCUUUACAGUGGAUACUGGGCAUUGUAGCGAAUUUGAUUAUUGUUCCGGUCUAUAUGCUCAUUUGCAAAUUUCAAAUAAGGAAGUGGCAUAAGUCUUGUGAGAAAAAAACCUCAUGA